GUGACGUCACAGAGGUAAAAAUAAUAAACUGUUUGCAAUUUGGAAAACUGUGUCUUUGACGAGUAUUUACCACUGAAUAACUAAUACACAUUGUUAAAACAUGAUGGCAGAAGAAUCAUCUGAUGAGUCGGCCGAGUUGGUAGACAAGGAGGAGGCAGUUAUUGCUGAAAAACAGUUCACCAGUCAACAGUCAGGCACAGGAUCAUCGUCGGCAUUAUCUCCACCAUCACCUCUUCCAUCGUUCAUGUCACAGACACCAACAUCCAGUCCUGUCAUCCCAGGCAGUCCACAAAUUGCCAGUACAGGAGGGUCCUCUGCUGGUGUAGUGAAUACUGUAUCCAGCCCAGGGUCACAGGUACCGCAGUCAACACCUAAAACAUCGCCAAUAUCCCCGCCAGUUAGUCUGCAACAAGUUACACCUCCAGGUCCACAGAUGACACCCUAUGAGGCGAGUUCAGCAAUAAAUGUACCAGAGAUGGAGAUUGAUUCCAGUGAACCACAAGCACAGAAUAGUGGUCUGUUCAGUUGGAUCUCCGGAAACAAGAUGCUGUCAAAAGUUGUGGAGAAAACUAAGUCUUCUAUGGAAUCUAUGAUCACAACACUUGACCCUGGCAUGAAGGAGGUUAUACGUUCUGGAGGUGGUGUAUGUAUUCUAGUAACGUCAACUAAAGAAUCUAAAGUUAGUGCUAUAAGAGAAGCUUUUCAGAAUGUGUUUGGUAGAGCCUCUGUUCUUGGAAGGGAAAGCCAAGCUACUACUGCAGCACAGCCGGUUGGGUUCACAGCAGGGUUGAAGGGUGCACAGGAACGGAUUCAGAACCUUCGACAGACAGAAAAUAUACCAGAUGAUCAACCAGUGGUGUCCAUUGAGGGAUUUAUAGUUGAAAUGUUACCAGAUAGAUGGUACGAACUAAGCUGUCUCAUUCUGCAGGAUCCUCAACACAGGAUUGACCUGCAGACAUUCUCCCAACCUUCGCCCAUACCCGCUGAGUACAUCCUCAAGGCACAGGAUCGAACUGCUAAAGACUAUCCACUUAGAUGGUCCGGGCUAGCAGUCACUAUCGGACAGAUUGUCGAGGAGGAAUUACCGCACAUUGGCCACGUAGAUUGGCAGAAUGGCAUUGUGGGAGUCAGUAGACGUGAAUCUCUAUAUUUGGCGGCAAAAUCGCUUGCUUACAUGUAUAAACAAAGACUUCCGACUAUGUUUGUGUCCUGAAAAAAAAAACACGCUAUUAUAACGCGGGAAAUUAGGUUAUAAUUAAACACCAAGUUUUGUUAUUAUGGAAGUUGUAUUUUAAAGAUAGCAUUUACUUGUAUGAAUGCGAAAAGUUGAUACAAAAUUAUCUACUAAGUAUAGAUUAUAUUGGAAAACAGCAAGAUUUUUUUCUUAAAUUAAACUUCUUUGUAAGAAAUACCAAGAUUUGUUCUGUGCUGUUGAAUUCAUUAAGAUGUUAUAGUGUUACAAAUAUUGCUAGAGGAUCAGUUACUUUUGAUAAGUUUGUGAGAUAGAAAUAUACUUUUUUUUUUUUUUCACAUUAGUGUUAUACUGAUAGAGCUUCCUACAUGAAUGGAUUACAUCAGAAAACGUUUUUGUAUAGAAAUUUAAGGUAUGACAAUGAUAUACCCUUAGUGGUUCUUUUGUGAUUGAUAAGUUUAAUUGUGAGAUUACGAGUUGGUGCAUGUGCUAUACUGUAUAUAGCCAGCUUUCCAGGGCUUAAAAUGUUUACUUGGUUUGAAACAGGUUUUCAGUAAGAUAGCUCAGUUGUGUGGACUACAAGACUAGUCCUUUUUUAUGCCCCCGAAGGCCAACGUUAACGUUUUAUGCCCCAUGAAGGCCAACGUUAACUUCAGCAUGAAGGCGCUUUACUCGUGAAUGACUGCACCCAGGACCUUCAAACUUCACAUGCUGAUAGUACUUAUUGAGUACACGACCCCUACUGACUUUGGGGUCACCGGGUCAAAGGUCAAGGUCACAGGGGCCAAUGUUAACUUUUUGCAUGAAGGCACUUUACCGUACCUGCAAACCACUGCACCCAGGACCUUUAAACUUCACGUGCUGAUAGUACUUAUUGAGUACACAACCCCUACUGACUUAGGGGUCACCAGGUCAAAGGUCAAGGUCACAGGGGCCAAUGUUAACUUUGCAUGAAGGCACUUGACUCACAAACGACUGCACCCAGGACCUUCAAACUUCACUUGCUGAUAGUACUUAUUGAGUUCACGACCCCUACUGACUUAGGGGUCACCAGGUCAAAGGUCAAGGUCACAGGAGCCAAUGUUAACUUUUUGCAAGAAGGCUCUUUACUCGCGAACCACUGCACCCAGGACCUUCAAAUUUCACAUGCUGAUAGUACUUAUUGAGUACACGACCCCUACUGACUGGAGUCACCAGGUCAAAGGUCAAGGUCACAGGGGCCAAUGUUAACUUUUUGCAUGAAGUCACUUUACUCGCGAAACACUGCAUGCAGGACUAAACUUCACAUGCUGAUAGUACUUAUUGUUUACACGACCCCUAUUGACUUUUGGGUCAAAGGUCAAGGUCACCAGGUCAAAGGUCAAGGCGCUGCGGGGGCAUUUGUCACCAUUAGUGACAGCUCUUGUUUUGUGCAUGGUUUUAUAAAAACCUACAAUAAAAUUGUAUUUUGUCAUACUUUUCAUGUAAUGCCUUGUCUUUGUUUAGAGUAGUGUUGAAAAGAUGGUAUGAGUGAAGUACUUACGUAAGAUAUGCUAGGAUAAGUUUUAUUUUUAAGUUGGCAAGAAAUAAUAUGUUCAGUUUUGUGUGAAAGCAAAAAAAUAAUGAAUUAGGACCAAUGCAUGUUGCGAUUUGUGCUUCCAUUGAUAUUUUUACAUGCAGAUUUUAAUUUAUGCUUCAAGUUUACAGUCAUACACAGAGUCAAAGACCCAGUCUACGCGUAGUGAGGUGUAAACCAGACUUUGAUGACAGUGUAUGUUUAGCAGAUAACAGUCAAACCUUUUUAUAAGGACUAUGUUUGGGAAAACCCCACCCAGCUUGCUUAGCAGCCAGAGCAAAAGACUACGAGUCACGAGAUUGCUAGCUCAAUCCCCGGGCAAGGCGUAUAUGUUUUCCUUGGCGACUUGACUGGAGACAGUAUGUCACUGGUUAGGUAGAUUGACCAGCAAAACAAAGAAAUACUUUGGAAUUCCCCGAAAACUGGCCUUAUGAUGUGAUUUCCAUGACAUAGGUGGAAGGUCAUGAUGAAAAUUUGAUUGGUGUCGGAAUUUUUUUACUUAAAACAAAAUUAAAGAAGUUAAAACACUUAGCUUGUUGUAAUAUAAAAUGAUAAUUUGUAUAUAGUUGUAGUUUUGGGGGUCAAACUUAGUACAGGGUAUGAUGUUAAACAACAAUCAGCUGUUUUUGGUGCAUAAGGAGUUACGGUGAUUACUGGAGUACUUUUUAGUGGUAUCAACUUUGGACAGUUAACGUACCUAAAACCAGGUGCUUGUUUUGGUUGGUGUGACAUGAUCUACUUAACAUGUUUUACAAUAAGCUGUGUUAUGUCUAGUUUUGAUAUGUUCACUUUUUGCUAUUCAAUAAUAAUGACAAAUAGAAUGUCCAAAUAGCCCGAAGUACAGAACUUCUUUAAAGAUAUAUUAGACCCAAAUACAUAUAUGUACCUAAAAAUACGAACAGGGACUUAAUAGCAUCUGUGUAAACAUAAAAUUAAAAUGUACGUUUGUAUAAACUGCAUGGUGUGUUAUGUUUUAAAGUGUGCAUACUUCAAACAUGCAUAGUUAAGCAAAGUAAAAAUAUGUCCUGUAUAACCAUAAAAAACUGGGAGUUUAUUUAACAAAGACUGUUAUACAUGACAUUGCAUUGUGAAUGUAUCUCUACAAACACAGUUUAGUCAUUUGAAUUCAACAUUUAAAGUGAGUAAUAUAAAAAUAAACAAUUUUGCUGAAAAAAUGGGCAUUGUAUAUCUUUAAGAAUAGGUUUAAUGUUAGAUUUAUCUUUUCCUCCUUUAAGGUGAUACAUAUAUGUACAUAUGUAUGGUUCAAAUGGUGUUGAAAUAAAUAUCUUCAAAGGGUUUCUGCACACACAUGAGGCUUAGAUCUCAUUAAUGUUUUUGUGUUUACGAUUAAUUUACAAUCAAAUGCUUUUUCAGAUUUUUUUUUGGAAAUUUGACAAAACUCUGGCAGUGGCCCUUUUGGUAUUAGUUAGUACUACACACACUUAGCUACCAAGUGAUGAGAAUGCCUAAUGGGAUUCUGUAUAAUGAAUUUGUUCCAUUAUAAGAAACUGAAGUAGAGAACUAAUGCAAAAAGCUGCAGGUUUUUCUCUGAUAGGGAGAGAUUUCAGUCAGUCAUAAAUGUUUUAUCCUGUGUAUUUGUAUUAAAAGCCUUUUUCGUGAAUUACUGUGAAAUUAUUUUAAUUUCGUGGGCACUUAAUUUCGUGGUUUUCGCCAAAACAGCUAUUUGAUGGGAAUGUUGCUUCGUGAAUAUAGAUUUUUGAACAUUUAUGAAUUCCUGGAUAUAGAUCUUCGAACAUUAAAUGAUACAGAAAUAUUUUAAGCUUCUUUGGGAUUAAAAGAUUGAAUUUUGUGGAUCGACUAAACUUUGAAAA